AUGGACAACUUCUCUGGAUCACCGCGCAAGCGGCCACAACGAUCUCAGAGAAUAAACUAUCGCCUUCUUAACGAUGGUACUGACGAAGAGGUGACACCAGAAGACCGUAUUAUUGAAGAGCCUUUUCUGAAUAGGCUUCGGAGCAGCAUCGAACCUAUUACGCCUGACGAUUCUGCCAGCCAACUAACCCUAAGUCGAAGCCCUCUCAUAGAAUCGGAUCAACAGAUCGAAAUAACUGCGGAUGCGUUGCCGGAGGUGAUCAGCAUCUCUGGCGGAUUUAAUAUUUCUCGGAAGAAGAUGCAGAACCAAUCUCUCUGUGGGCUCAGUUUGAGUCCUUACCCAAUACCAAUUGACCGAAAAAUCUCUAGACGAACUACAGUACUCUUCACAGGUUUCUAG